AAGAGUCCAGAAUGGCCUUGACGUCAGCAGCGUGAGGUCAGACUCGUCGCUCCCCGAACCCGGCUGGUGGCCGCUGUAGCCGCCGCCGCCGCCUCCUCCUCCUUUUCCCGCGCUGCCCAUCGGCGCCUCCUCCGCGCCUCCACUUUCAGCUCUGCCUCCCGGCAAGUCUCCCUGGGCUGGCCGCCGCACCGCAGCCCCUGCGGCGUCCCCGGCACCCUGCGCGGCUCGGCUCGGCGCUCCUAGAGAGGACAUUUCCACCCAAGUAGGUGAAAAGCAGUUGGUGUGUGCAGCUACCACAAUGGAGCACAGACAACGAAAGAAAAAGGAGAGUGGAGCACAAGCACGGAAGAGACGAAAGUUGGCAGCGGAGGAGGCAAAGAAAUCAAGCCAAGUCCUCUUGACUUUCUGUAAGAAUCCUCAAUCAGUUUCUUCAAUCCAGUCUGAGGAGUCAACGGGUCCUUCCACAAGUUUCCCAGUAGCAGAGGUUGGAUCUAGUGCAGCAUUCUCAGGAGCAGAGGAGGAUGUGGGGAUGGCUACAUCAGAGGGUGUUGAGAUGGAGGAAGAUGAAGAGAUUUUACCUGGGAAGUCAGAACCUGUUGACACACCUGAACCUGGUGAGCCGGAGGGUGUCGAGGAGUGUUUGACUGCCAUGCAAAAAGUCAUCCUAAAGCAUGAUGUGGGGCUUCUGCCGUUCGAUGAGCAAACCCAAAGACCACAGAUCUCUGAUGCACUGAGAACACAAAUGGUGCAGAUGGGAUUCAGGUAUUUUCAGAAUAGCGAGGGGCCUUUCAAACCCAUACCACCCCGAAAUCGUCGAAUGACCGAAAGGUGGUUCAAGAUGAGAUCAGGAGAUGGUCAGGGUAAGGAGGUGACUCGAUCAUGGCUCAUGUAUUCACCCUCCAAAGGGACAGCAUUCUGUUUCUGUUGCCUUCUGUUUUCAAGAUCAGACGUUCAGUCUGCGUGGGAGAGGGAAUCUGGGUUUGACCAGUGGAAAAGAAAUAACAUGGUUAUUCUUCAUGAAAACGGGAGCAAUCAUCGGGAGUGCUUUACCCAGUGGAAAUUAAUGGAGAGAAAUUUGGCCAAGAGCAGAGGAAUGAUUGACACUGACCUACAGACAGAGGUUGAGAAGGAGAGGCAGAAGUGGCGUGACAUUUUCAGCAGAGUCCUAGACUGUGUAAAAACCCUUGCGAUCCAGAACUUGCCUAAUCGAGGCCACAGGGAGUCAUUUCAACUGGAUUAUGAAUCCAAUGUGGGAGAUUUCCUGGAGUUAGUUAAGUUGCUGACUCGCCGUGACCCUGUCAUGAAACAGCAUCUUGCUAACAUCCAAAGUGAUCUAGGCGCAGUUUCUUACCUUUCACCAGGUAUCCAAAAUGAAUUCAUCCACCUCAUGGCUUCUGCGGUUCGUCAGAAUAUACUGAGAAAGAUUCGUUCUGCCAAGUACUAUGGCAUCAUGUUUGACUCAACUCCUGAUCUGGCACACAGUGACCAGAUGUCAGAAGUUGUUAGGUAUGUGGAAAUUGAUGCUGAGAGCAGAAAAGUCCGUGUUAGAGAGUCCUUUCUUGGUUUCAUCUGGAUCCACAAGAAAGAUGCAGAGAGUUUGACUGGGGAAAUCUUGAGACAGCUGGAGAAGGACAAACUGGAUCUGGAGGAUUGUCGGUCACAAUGCUACGACAAUGCUGCUGUAAUGGCUGGACUCAGAAGUGGUGUACAUCAAAGAAUAACUGAAAAAAACCACCUGGCUUUGUCCAUAAAUUGUGACUAUCACUCACUCAACUUGGUGGGUGUUCAUGCAGCCUCACAAGAACCAAAGAUGGGCACAUUUUUUGCAGACUUAGAUGCUCUGUAUGCGUUUUUUGCGAAUUCAGACAAGCGCUGGGCAGAACUCAAAGGGGCUGUGCCUUUGAGUCUCAAGUCACAGUCUGAAACCAGGUGGAGCGCAAAGGCAAAAGCAAUGAAACCAGUCCAGAGGUAUCUUAAGAAUAUAAUCAAACUUCUCCAGAACAUGGUAGAUGAUAGAGAAGAGACCGAUGAAUCAAGGCGUGAAGCGAAGGUACUGGUCAGAUGCCUGUUGAGUUAUGACUUUCUGACUUAUGUAGGGUUUUGGGACAAGGUACUUGGUCGCAUUGACCUUGUUCAAAAGAAGCUGCAGAAUCCCAGCAUAAACUUUCACGAUGCUGCCCAAGAUCUAAGAUCUCUCCGAGAUCAUUUUGAUGCUAACAGAGACAUUUUGGUCAGUGAGUCAAUUGGUGAAGGGCUUCGUCUGUGCCAGAAAUUCAAUGUUGAAUUUGAAUGUUGUAGAAGAUAUAGGAAAGCAAUGCCUGGUGAGACAGCAAGAGACUCAGGGUUAACAGCAAAGGAGGAAAUGGAAGGCAGUAUGAAGGCAGCACUAGAUCAUCUUCACAGAGAGAUGAACGAAAGGUUCACUCGUUUGCACAGCAUCGAUACCAACUUUGGAUUCCUCCUUGAUGUCGAGAAACUGUGUUAUGGCACUGACAUACAAGACCUACAGGAGAAGUGUGUGAAUUUAGGCAAUUUCUACAGCAGUGAAGUGGAUGGGCAGAAGCUGUAUCAAGAUAUUUUGGACUGCAGAAUGCUACUGACAGGGCGGGAUGGGCUGCGGAUAUCUAGUCCUGAACAGCUUCUUGAAUUCAUUGUUCAGUUUGGAGAUGAGUUCACCUUCUUCAAUCUUAUUGUUGCUACCAAAAUACUGCUAACCAUUGCAGUUUCCAUUGCCAGCUGUGAGCGAACUUUCAGUAAGUUGAAACUGAUACUUUCAUAUCUGAGAAGCUCAAUGGGUCAGCAAAGACUCUGUGAUCUUGCUCUGCUGAGUGUGGAAAGAGAAGAGACAGAGAAGACGAACUUUGAUGACAUCAUCGACAGAUUUGCAUCAGCAGAGGCUGGGAAGGUGCCUCUAAUGUAGGGCCUUCAUCUGUGCUUUGGAGCAAAUAUUGUCAUGGAGUUCUCCAAAAGCUCAUUCGGUGAGCUGACUCUUACAAUUCUCCUUUUUUUUUUCACAGUUUGGAGGGAAAGGCAGAUCCUGUGAUCUCAGUUUGCUGAGUGUGGAGAGAGGACCUUGAAAGAUGGAUUCUAGAGUGUAAUAUCUAUAUUGUGCAGUAAAUACAGAAAUGUUGUGAGAAUACCCUUAAGAUAUCAUCCCUUGUUGUUUUUAUUGAAAUGUCUAUUAAUUGAAGAAUACUUUUCACAAUAUAAAGGUUUGUGACUGCAACAAAUCCAUACCAUGGAAGACUUUCCAAUUUAUCUUACAGAAAUCUUUGUACUUUAUUCUGAGUAUUACAAGAGAAGUUAUUUUGUAAAGACUGUAAUAAAACAUUCUGAAAGCAUUUUAAGUCAUAUGACACUUAAAACACUUUAAAGCAUUAUAACAGUUGUAAAGCAUUUUGAAAAUGU